GAUAAAAAGUUGCCAUAUCAUCUCAGGGAAACUGUAACCUGUGUCUGGUUUCUUGGAGCAACAACUCAAACCAAUAAUGAACAGCUGAUACCGGUUAAACUGUGCCUGGAAGACAGUUUAAUCACAGUAGCAACGCUGCAGAAGCAGUAUCAAAGAGCUGGGGCCUUUUGUGUUCCCAAGUCAUUGGGAAUAUGCCCAGUGUCUCAGCUGCCAAAGUGGAUGCAGUUUCUACCUAGAUCUCCAUAGGCCUUGUAGUCAUGUCUGUUAGCGCAACAGAGAGCGAUCCUCCUAGGUUCUUCGUCGGUGGAGAAGAUGGAGAGGAAUUGCUGGACUCAGCCAGGUCUACAGAUUAUGAUCACUUCUAUGGCCAUGCGGAAGAGGAAGAGGAAGAAUAUGACUCUCCACCAGAAAGACAAAUUUUAGUUGGGAUUUGUUCAAUGGCUAAGAAAUCUAAGUCCAAACCAAUGAAAGAAAUUCUUGAACGCCUCUCCAUGUUUAAGUACAUAACUGUUGUAAUAUUUGAAGAGGAUGUUAUUUUGAAUGAGCCAGUUGAAAACUGGCCUUUAUGUGACUGUCUCAUUUCCUUUCAUUCUAAAGGUUUUCCCCUGGACAAAGCAGUUGCCUAUGCAAAACUCAGGAAUCCAUUUAUAAUCAAUGACUUGAAUAUGCAGUAUCACAUACAAGACAGGAGAGAAGUAUACAGUAUUCUUAAAGCUGAAGGCAUUUUACUUCCUCGUUAUGCAGUUCUAAACCGUGAUCCAAACAAUCCCCAAGAAUGCAGUUUGAUUGAAGGAGAAGAUCAUGUGGAAGUGAAUGGGGAAAUUUUCCAAAAGCCUUUUGUAGAAAAGCCAGUUAGCGCUGAGGACCACAAUGUUUACAUUUAUUAUCCAACAUCUGCUGGGGGCGGGAGCCAGAGACUCUUCCGAAAGAUCGGCAGCAGAAGCAGUGUUUAUUCCCCUGAAAGCAGUGUGAGAAAAACAGGCUCCUAUAUUUAUGAGGAAUUCAUGCCUACAGAUGGCACUGAUGUGAAGGUGUACACAGUAGGUCCGGACUACGCUCAUGCUGAAGCCCGAAAGUCUCCAGCUCUGGAUGGCAAGGUAGAACGAGAUAGUGAAGGAAAAGAAGUGAGGUAUCCAGUCAUCCUGAACGCAAGAGAGAAGUUAAUUGCUUGGAAAGUAUGCCUUGCCUUCAAGCAAACGGUUUGUGGCUUCGAUUUAUUGCGAGCUAAUGGACAAUCCUAUGUCUGUGAUGUGAAUGGCUUCAGUUUUGUGAAGAACUCCAUGAAAUACUAUGAUGAUUGUGCUAAGAUACUUGGAAAUAUCAUAAUGAGAGAACUUGCUCCCCAGUUUCAAAUUCCAUGGUCGAUUCCUUUGGAAGCUGAAGACAUCCCUAUUGUGCCAACCACCUCUGGAACAAUGAUGGAGCUUAGAUGUGUUAUAGCUGUAAUACGUCAUGGGGACCGAACACCAAAACAAAAAAUGAAAAUGGAAGUAAAGCAUCAGAAAUUUUUUGAUCUCUUUGAAAAAUGUGAUGGAUAUAAAUCUGGAAAACUAAAACUGAAAAAACCAAAACAGUUGCAGGAAGUGCUUGAUAUAGCAAGGCAACUCCUUGUAGAACUUGGGCAAAACAACGAUUCUGAAAUUGAAGAAAGUAAAGCAAAACUUGAACAGCUAAAGACCGUGUUAGAAAUGUAUGGGCAUUUUUCAGGCAUAAAUCGCAAAGUCCAGUUAACGUAUCUUCCUCAUGGUUGCCCAAAAACUUCCAGUGAAGAGGAAGAUAAUAGAAGAAAUGAGCCGUCCCUGCUUCUGGUUCUGAAAUGGGGAGGAGAACUGACCCCUGCAGGCAGGGUUCAAGCAGAGGAGCUUGGAAGGGCUUUCAGGUGCAUGUAUCCAGGUGGACAAGGAGAUUAUGCUGGAUUUCCUGGGUGUGGUUUACUUAGAUUACAUAGCACUUAUCGACAUGAUCUCAAAAUCUACGCUUCUGAUGAGGGACGUGUUCAGAUGACUGCAGCAGCUUUUGCAAAGGGACUACUGGCGUUAGAGGGUGAGCUGACUCCCAUUCUUGUCCAGAUGGUAAAAAGCGCUAAUAUGAAUGGUCUGUUGGACAGCGACAGUGAUUCUUUAAGCAGCUGUCAGCAUCGUGUUAAAGCGAGACUCCAUGAAAUUCUCCAGAGAGACAGAGAAUUUACUGCUGAUGACUAUGAUAAGCUUACUCCAUCUGGAAGCAUCUCUUUGAUAAAAUCAAUGCAGGUUAUCAAAAAUCCUGUAAAGACAUGCGACAAGGUCUAUUCCUUAAUCCAGAGCUUGACUUCUCAGAUCAGGCAAAGAAUGGAAGAUCCAAAGUCUGCAGAUAUUCAGCUGUACCAUAGUGAAACACUGGAACUAAUGCUGCGCAGAUGGGCCAAGUUGGAAAAAGACUUUAAAACAAAGAAUGGAAGAUAUGAUAUUAGCAAAAUUCCUGAUAUUUAUGACUGUAUAAAAUAUGAUGUUCAGCACAAUGGUUCCUUAAAAUUAGAAAACACAAUGGAAUUAUACAGACUUUCCAAGGCUUUAGCUGACAUUGUGAUCCCUCAGGAAUAUGGUAUUUCCAAGGCUGAGAAACUAGAGAUUGCCAAAGGUUACUGCACUCCUCUAGUUAGAAAAAUCCGUUCUGACCUUCAGAGAACUCAAGAUGAUGAUACUGUAAAUAAGCUUCACCCUCUCUACUCCAGGGGUGUUAUGUCCCCUGAACGUCAUGUUCGUACACGGCUAUAUUUCACCAGCGAGAGUCAUGUUCAUUCCCUGUUAUCCACCCUUCGAUAUGGUGCCUUAUGUGAUGAAUCAAAAGAUGAACAAUGGAAGCGAGCUAUGGAUUAUCUAAAUGUUGUAAAUGAACUCAAUUACAUGACACAGAUUGUUAUCAUGCUUUAUGAGGAUCCAAACAAGGAACUUUCUUCAGAGGAACGUUUUCAUGUAGAGCUGCACUUUAGCCCAGGAGCAAAAGGCUGUGAAGAAGAUAAAAAUUUACCAGCUGGAUAUGGAUACAGACCUGCCUCCCGAGAGAAUGAAGGCUCGAAGAAAACCUCCCAUAGAAAUGAUAGUGACGAGGAGGCGCAUGCUUCUAAAAGAGACGAAACAGAUCGGUCAGUAGUGAUGUUCAAGCCAAUGGUAUCAGACCCAAUUCACAUACACAGAAAGUCACCUCUUCCAAGAUCCAGGAAGAUUGGUUCUGUUGAAGAAGAGAGCCCCCUGAGUGUGUCUAGCCCAGAGUGUAUUGGUACCUGGCUGCAUUACACCAGUGGUGUGGGUACUGGGCGUCGAAGACGCAGAUCAGGGGAACAAAUCACUUCUUCCCCUGUCUCCCCUAAAUCAUUGGCUUUCACAUCCAGUAUUUUUGGCUCAUGGCAACAGGUCCUAUCAGAAAACAAUAGUAAUUUAAGAACACCAAGAACUAUUCUGGAACAAAAGCAGAGUGGUCUAGGGUCUCACUGUGCGGGCCUGUUUAGCACCUCAGUGCUCGGGGGUUCUUCAAGUGCACCUAACCUACAGGAUUAUGCUCGUACUCAUCGUAAAAAGCUGACUUCUUCUGGCUUCAUAGAUGACACCACACGCGGUUCUGCUGUUAAAAGGUUUUCUAUCUCAUUUGCUCGACACCCAACCAAUGACUACCCUGUCCCCCUCAUCUUUAGUUCAAGGAACAUGGUGAAACAAGUCUCUCCUGACAGUGCUUUACCUUAUUUUCUGGGCCUCUGUGCAGAACACCCACACCGCUUUAGGUGCUGGUCCGUGUCCUCUGUGGAAUGCCUAGGCUCCCGUGGUUUUGAACUGUAUUCCAUGGUGCCUUCUAUUUGCCCUUUGGAAACCCUACACAAUUCCCUGUCUUUAAAGCAGGUGGAUGAAUUUCUUGCCUCUGUUGCUGCUCCAUCAAGUGAAAAUCUACAAGAAACAUGUACUGCUUUUAGUUCUUCUCCAACUUAUAUGAGUCCACUGUCAGGAAGAAAAAUUUCUUUAAAUACAUACACCCCUGCAAAAAUUCAACCAACGCCACUUGAAACUUUGCCUGAAAGGCUAGCAAUAGAGAAACCAACCAUAUCUACCAGUGGAUCCUCUGGUUGUGUAUCUAAUGUUAAGCUAUCUGUUGAAGAGACCUCACUCGAUGCAAAAGUUAGUGAUGAAGCUCUUUCUGAGAAGAAAUGAAGUUGAUCAGAGAACUUGGAAGCAACUUCUUAAACAAUUCUUUAGUGUGCGUUUGGUUGUAGAGAAACAAACUAAACGAUGAUUGAGCUUUCAAAAGCCAUUCACGUCUGCAUUUCAUAGUGCACUUAACCCCAUAUGGACUAAAGACUUAACUAGUGUGCACUCUACAUAUCUAGGUCAAAGAUCUCUUCUUGUUUCCUAAAACAUUUAAGGAAAUAUUUAUCAGCUUGAUGUACUACACACCUUUAACAGAAAAGCUGCACAAGAACCUUUUUGGUGUCUUCAAAUAUUUACUGUACAAAACAAAGAAAAUAACAAUCCACUGGUAUGUUAUAGUGGCAUUGUUGAUGCCACUGUAAUGAAGCAUUAUCUGUUGUCAUUAUAAACUUCUAUUUUCAGGAGUUUAUAAUUUGCCUGUGAAUUUCUUUUGUGGGCUGAAAGGUAACAAAAGGUAACACAUGUCUUUGCUAGGAGCUCGCUCUUUCUUUCUUUCUUUCUUUCUUUUUUUUUUUUUAAAUUUAACUACAUUUCCAAAGAAAUCACUUUGCCUGUUUUGAAAGUAAGCAGAUGCUUUCUGUAUUUGAAUGAUUUUGUAUCAUAUAUGCUGCAAUAAUUAGGCAUAAUGGAGUGAGUUAACGUUAUUUUCACUUAGGAGUUUCCUUACUUUUAUUCUAUGUUUACAUCAGACCUAUAACAUUCAAAUAUCCCUUCUCUUUUGUUGCGUAGUAUUCAUGCUUAUAUGUGGGUACCUGUAUAUCACCCAGCAGAUAAAAUUGUCUUUUAUAUGUUUUUAUCAAAAAAUGUCUUUUGUUUACUAAAAAGACAGCUUUAUUUGCUUAACCAUAUGUUUGUACAAAAAGGUGACAUUAAAAAGCAGGGUUUAUAAAAAGAGAAAUGGUUACAGCUGGUCUGCUAGUAAGUUUAUCCUGAAAAUUGUAAAUAUCCCAUCUGUGCUUUAUUACUAGCCCUUCAGAGCAGAGAGAGACUGCGGUCCUAGCAGAACGCAAUGCUUAAUGUUACAACAUGUAACAGAAUACUCAGGCUUCAGGAUGGCCCCGUUGGGAUUUUUAUACCUCUCUCCUACUUCAGGUGGUUGUCAACAGCUCUCAUUAAAAAUCAUUGAAGAUCUUAGAAGAGCUGUGAGAAGCUUUAGUAAGUCAGUGGUGCUUUGAGUGAUUGGGUUAUGUAGAGUAAUCAUCCUGUUUCAGCAGUUCUUGUGAUUAUCUGUGGCAUGAUAAAUUUUUGAAUGUUUAUAGUUAUCCCAAAUGUAUGCGAAAUAUUGUCCACUUUCAUAAGUUCAAGUGGCUGAUUAUUAACUGAUCUCAUAAACUAUAAGCUAGAUAAUGCCUUUCACAUUUAAGUUGCAGAAGAGACCGCCUCAAGGUAGUAUUUUUAAACAAGUAAGCCUCUUGCUUUUCUUCAGAAUCAGUGCAACUAUAAUUACAUUCACCUUGCCACAGAGUCCGAGUGUUUAAACUGACUAUACAUGAAAUGGCUUCUACAGACUAAUUCUAUAGAAUACCAGUUAAAUACCAAAAAUAUGAAGGGUUUCACAGCUCUGAACUUAAAGCAUUUCAUUUUCUGUAGUGUAAAUGUGUUCUUGACAGUGUUUGUCCUGCGCACAACUGAAUGUACAUGUUAUGUUUACUGUUUUUAAAAAAAAAAAAACUGUUAAAACUUACGUAUGCAUAUCAUUCCAGUCAACCAAAGCUGUGGCAUAACUUUUUUUAUGUGCUCCUAAAUAAAAACAAGGUCACUGGCAAGUUCUGUCCAUUUUACUUU